AUGGCUGCGAUUAGGAAGAAGCUGGUUAUCGUCGGAGACGGGGCUUGCGGUAAAACCUGCCUGCUCAUCGUCUUCAGCAAAGAUCAGUUCCCGGACGUGUAUGUGCCCACUGUCUUCGAGAAUUACGUAGCUGAUAUCGAAGUCGACGGAAAACAGGUCGAGCUCGCUUUGUGGGAUACGGCCGGUCAAGAAGACUACGACAGGCUUCGACCACUUUCCUAUCCUGAUACGGACGUCAUUCUGAUGUGCUUCAGCAUUGACUCGCCCGACUCGCUAGAGAAUAUUCCCGAGAAGUGGACACCUGAGGUGCGACAUUUCUGCCCGAAUGUUCCGAUCAUCCUCGUCGGAAACAAGAAGGACUUGCGCAACGAUCCGGUGACCAUCCGUGAGCUGCAGAAGAUGAAGCAGGAGCCGGUGAAGCCCGAGCAGGGCAAGGCGAUCGCCGACCAGAUCGGCGCUUACGCGUACCUGGAGUGCUCAGCUAAGACCAAGGAUGGAAUUCGCGAGGUGUUCGAGAAGGCAACCCAGGCGGCCCUACAACAGAAAAAGAAGAAGAAGAGCAAGUGCGUCAUCCUC